CCAAGGAAGCAAAUAAAAAGUUAUCUCCCCUGCUUGAAUAUAGGGGGCGUAGUAAACAUUGUCGAAUUCAACAAAAUGGCAGCGACCAGGCGGCUUACAAAGGAACUGGGAGACUUGACAUCACCAAGUUCUGCCCUGAAACGCUCAUUCCGGGAAAUCAAUGUGGAUGAGUCGAAUAUACUUCUGUGGCACGGCUUAAUUGUGCCUGAGAACCCACCCUACAACAAAGGAGCUUUCAAGAUUGAGAUAUCGUUCCCAGCAGAGUACCCGUUCAAGCCCCCGAAGGUGAUAUUCAAAACCAAAAUCUACCACCCCAACGUGGACGAGAAGGGUCAAGUGUGUUUGCCCAUCAUCAACGCGGAGAACUGGAAACCAGCGACUAAAACGGACCAUGUGGUGAGUGCCCUGAUUGCCUUGAUCAACGACCCUGAGCCGGAGCACCCGCUGCGGGCCGAUCUGGCCGAGGAGUACACCAAGGACAAAAAAAAGUUCAUGAAGAACGCGGAGGAGCACACGAAAAAGUUCAGUGAAAAGCGGCCCGCUGACUAAUCUAGGCGUGUGAACGACUGGUGACCUGCGUGUAUUCAUGUGAAGUCAUAGGGAUGGCGGAUCGAAUGCUAUCCAUUCCGAGUCUUUCAGCAAGGGGGUUGAGGCAUCCUGCUAGUAUCGAAAGGAACAGUAAUACAUUUGUAAUUUCAUUGAACAGCUUCCACCGUAGAAAUACUUGAAAUAGUUUUUCUUUUUUCCCCACCCCCCCUUUAAGAACAAUCAGUAGUCUGCUUGUCUAUGUCUGUGUCUGUUCCAGUGCUGCUGUCUGUUGUGAAGUUUUGCUCGGAUGCUGUUGAGAAAUUGAGAAAUUAAGUGAAGGGAACAGUGAACCGUAAAUUUAUUGUCUUGUCUCUAGUGAAUAUCCAGGAACAGUUGCAGCGGUCUCAUUGUGUUGAUUUCAGCGGCCUCUGGCUAUCUGUUGUGCCAUUUCAGGAAACUGAAGCCAUUAUUAUCAGAGAAUCUUUUUUUUUUUUUCGUCUAAAGAUGUGUCAAAGAUAACCUAUUUUCAUCGACUCGGAAUGGAUGUUUGGUGUCAACGGCAGGCACAGCCGUGCUAGUGGUGGUGUAAAUUCCCCUUUGUUCUUUCCAUGUGUUGUCUUAGCUGGAGUGUGCUGUGUGGUUGUGGCGCAUGAGAGAGAGAGAGACGUGCAAUUCAAUGACUGUUGUUUUUUGUUGUAUUUUUAAUCAAAUGAGUGUCCCUUGGCCCCCACCUGUGCAUUUGCCUCCCUUGCGCAAAGAAGAAUGAGUUGUUGUGCUUGCUGUGUGUGAACGAGACAGAGAGUGAGAGAGGUGAUGGGUUUGCACUUGUCCUGCGUCCAUCUGACUCUUGAGGCUCAUAUGCAUUGCCCCAGGCGAAGUGUUAAAGUCCUUGUUGCCUUUGUCUGAUGUGCAUGUGACUGGGUCUCUGGUCGCUCUUCAAAAGCAAUGGUUUGACAGAAGAAAUAAUCAUGUUUAAUUAAAAAUCAUCCUGUAUGAUAGUGCCCUGACGUGUGUAUGCACGAAUGAAUACCUCCCAUUUCUCCAGUAGCUUUGCUAUUUUUGCAAGAAUGAAAGUCCAGUGCUGCCCUUUCCCCUGAUGUCAUUGGACGUGUUGGAAUGUUUUAUAAUUACAAUGUUUAUGCUGAAUAAUACUG